GCUAUUUUUUGCCACACGGCUUGUCUGCUUGCCACAACUACACAAAACAAACGGUGAGUUUCACGGCGAGUGAGUAUUAGUGGGAGAGACAGAGAGACGCACUAUUCAACAGCACACAAGUUCAAUCCGAAACAUCCGCAACUGUUCGGUUCAUACUUUAUCGUGAAUGCAUUGAGUGUAGUCGCGCGUACGACUUUCGUGCGGUUUUGAUCUUACUGAAAUUGGUUUUUCUUGUUCAAUGGAGGAAGAUAUCGAGCGGAGAAAUUUUGAACGCUGGUUGUGCCUACGCUAGUUCUCGAGUGGAUUAUUGUUAUUCAGCAAGAAGGCUAAUUAAUUGUGACAGUAACAUGAGUUGGGAAGCAGUUCAAAUUGGUUGGAAGCUCUGUGCUCGUGUAAUCUACGCGUAGACAAGAUAAACUAGCUGCCUGUUAUUAUUCAGUGGUUGAAGACUGAGUUGUAGAUAGCGCUUCAGAAAAAAAAAAUCUCAUUCACGAAAAAAUACCUAUUUGACAAACAUCAUCUAUAGCAGCAUCGAUUUUCAUUGAGUGCUCUCUGACUGCGCAACAGCAUCGUGCUGCAGCAGCAGCAGCUUUGUCCUAUAUCUGGUAAAAGGAUCAUCACCUGCAUGUAGAAAGUGAUAGAAAUCGUAUUUGUUACACCUCAACAGAAACUACCGACUGGUACAGUAAAAUUGAACAGCAAAGUUUCGUGUAGUGCGUAACUGUUAUUGUGGAUAUCUACAUAAAAGUCAGCUCUCGAUCGAUAAUUUCCUGAUAGCAAACCUAGAGUGCUAAAGAUGGUGUUCGUGAUCGAAGUUACAAAACAAUUAAAAAGAAAGCUGCUUGGAAGUAAAAUACUAUGAUCCGGGUUAUUUUAGAUUGUGUAGUGAAUGUUUGAGAAAGAUUGGUGAAGAAUGAAUGAUCAGAAAUAUGUCAAAAGUGUUGCUGUCUGUUCCGAAGAUGGUGGGAAAUUCCAUGCUCAAAUAAUUUUGAAGAAAUAGUUUUUUUCUCAUUGAAAAGUAAAGCAUUCAGUGUACUACCACUGAUUGCCAUCAAUAGCAAGUGUGAAUCUUAUCAGGAAAACCGGGUUGCGAAGUUGGAGCUAAUAGGGAGUGCAGCGGCCUUGGACUGUCCUCGUCUCUCUUCUUCAGGAUUAGAAACUAGUUCAGUCACCAACACAUACGUUAUGCCACAUCAGUACGGCAUUCCGGGCUACGGUCAGACGCCGCCGAGUCCACCCACACACCACGGAGGCGCGCUUAUUCCGCGACUCGGUGGCGGUGCCGUCAUUCCGGUUUCUGCCAACACGAACACCGGCAGUAUGGGCCCGUCCAGUAAUGCCAUCUUCCGGGGGCCAAUCGAGGAACGGCGACUGACACGGGAAGCAAUGGAGAAAUAUUUGCGGGAUCGCAGCAAUAUGGUUAUUGUGAUACUGCAUGCAAAGGUUGCCCAAAAAUCCUACGGCAAUGAAAAACGCUUCUUCUGUCCACCUCCCUGCAUCUACCUGUUCGGCGAAGGCUGGCGAUUGCGGAAAGAGCAAAUGCUGCGCCGCGGCGAAAGCGAACAGUCCACCCAACUAUGUGCCUUCAUCGGUAUCGGCAGCUCCGACCAGGAGCUGCAACCGCUCGAUCUAAACAACUCGAAACAGUAUUGUGCUGCUAAAACGCUGUUCAUUUCCGAUUCGGAUAAGCGAAAACAUUUCAUGCUGUCGGUGAAAAUGUUCUACAGCAUGGGCCACGAUAUCGGCGUGUUUCAGUCCAAACGAAUAAAGGUGAUAUCGAAGCCGUCGAAAAAGAAACAGUCGCUCAAAAACGCUGACCUUUGUAUAGCGAGCGGAACUAAGGUGGCCCUGUUCAACCGGCUGAGAUCGCAAACGGUAUCGACGAGGUAUCUGCACGUGGAGGAUGGACACUUUCACGCUAGUUCUACGCAAUGGGGAGCAUUCACGAUACACUUGCUAGACGACAACGAAAGCGAAUCGGAAGAGUUUCAGGUUCGUGACGGGUACGUGCACUAUGGGGCCACAGUCAAACUGGUAUGCUCAGUAACGGGUAUGGCCCUACCACGGUUAGUAAUUCGCAAAGUAGACAAACAAAUGGCACUGCUGGAAGCGGAUGAUCCGGUUUCGCAGCUGCAUAAAUGUGCAUUCCAUAUGAAAGACACCGAGCGGAUGUAUCUGUGUUUGUCGCAGGAGAAAAUCAUUCAGUUCCAGGCAACUCCAUGUCCGAAAGAACCGAACAAAGAGAUGAUCAACGACGGCGCUUGCUGGACGAUCAUUUCCACCGACAAGGCUGAGUAUCAAUUCUACGAAGGGAUGGGACCCGUGCGGACACCGGUCACACCAGUGCCAAUAGUCAAUUCGCUUCAUUUAAACGGGGGCGGCGAUGUAGCCAUGCUGGAAAUUACGGGUGACAAUUUCACGCCAUCGUUGCAAGCGUGGUUCGGUGAUGUCGAAGCGGAAACCAUGUAUCGCUGUGCGGAAUCGUUGCUCUGCGUGGUGCCGGACAUCUCGCAAUUUCGUGGAGAGUGGUCGUGGGUGCGCCAGCCAACGCAAGUGCCUAUCUCGUUGGUACGCAACGACGGUAUAAUCUACGCCACCGGCCUGACGUUUACCUACACACCAGAACCAGGCCCCCGACAGCCAUGUCCCGCAGCGGAAGACGUACUGCGGCGAACCAACAGUGCAAACAGCAAUAGCAACAAUGGCAACAGUAACAGCGUAACACCGGGCGGAGGGGUAGGUUCCGGCGGGUCGCUGCCACCGAUCUCGGACGUGGCCUGGAGCUCACACGGUGGAGGAUUACCGUAAGAUAAUCACUUUUUUUAUUAUUAAUGUUUGUCGGAGGGUAAAAAGUAUAUAUUUAUUAUGUUUCGUCGAAUCGAUUCGGAUCAGAAUUACCUACCUAUACAUAUUUGCUAAUUUAUACACAGUAUUUUUAACGAAUCGAACAAACAUGCCGAAUGAGAGAAAUCAGUGAGUAAUCUCAACUUUUAUUCCUAAUACUACUACAAAACAACUAAAAGAAUAAACACACACCUAGGCCAAUGAACAAAUUGCUAUAUAUAAUGUCCACAAAAACAACAAGUGAACAUGUUCAAGUAACAUAUUUUUCCUAAGAUCUUUUCUCUCCUUUAGCAGAGAUAAAUGUAGACUAUCAUUUCCUACUCUAUUUUUAAGGAAAGUCGUAUUUUGACAGAUUUUUUGUAAGAGAAUUACUAUUUUUAAGAUGAGAGAUUACGUGAUUAAUCACAGACAGACAUUGAAAAAAAGUGAUAUAUGCAGGUUUUAAAGAUAAAAAAGAACAAAGUAUUUAAAGUAAAUAUGGAAACAAUGUGACUAUUUUUUCAUGCGAAAAAAUAACAACGAACGAGUUUUUUUUCUGCAUAGAUAGUAGUAGCAGCUGUACUAAGAAAGACAUUUUGCCGUUCAAACUAUACUGUUCUAUAAACGGAAGGAAACUGCGCGCAGAUCGAAGCAUUUUUAAAUGGGAAUAAAAUUGCCAAAGAAGUAGCGAAA